UCCAGGUCAGGCAUAGCCACCAUUUCAUUCACCAUUGUUUUUCUCAUCGUUUCACACUUUCCGAGACACUACUCAAAGAUCACCUCUAUGGAUUACAAGGAACCUCAGGAUUUAAGAGUGAAGGAGAUGCAAAGAAUCCCCAACAACCCCAAAAGUGUCCUAGAUGCGACUCUCUCAACACGAAAUUUUGCUAUUACAACAACUAUAGUCUGUCACGGCCUCGUUACUUUUCCAAAUCAUGCAGGAGGUCCUGGACUCAAGCUGAUGUUGGAUUUUUUGGACUCCCUUCUUAUGUGGAAUAAAUGUCCAAAUAAGAAGCCAAGAAAUGCAGCUGAACGAAGCAGAGACGCAGGAUAUGAUUCUGCAGAGGCAAGAGGCAAGGCAGAUGAAAUGUCAAAAGAGCAAGCACAAGAAGUGAAAGAAAGCACCAAAGAAUACGCACAAGACGCAGAGGGACGUGAGGGAAAGAGCAGAGUGUGCAAAAGAGAAGGAUGAUGAUGUUGUGGAGUUGAAGAGAAGAGUUAUGGUGAGAAGGGUUAUUAGAAAAUCAAUGUUUUCAUUUAGUAUACAGUGUUCUGGUGUGUGUUAAUGUUUCUAGUUCCACUUCUCAACAUGCGAAUAAGUUGGACAUGUAUAAGUUGUUAGUUGACAUGGGCAAAAUCUGUUUGUUCAGCUUAAGGUGAGUGCACAUUUCCCUCUUGGAAUAAAAGUUUAUACUCG